GCGCUUCGGCGCCAAGCGGCUAAUAUAUACAUAGUCAAAUUUCUGAUCAGCCUACCGACCAUAAAUUAAUAAAUUAGUCAAUAAUAAAUAAAAGGGAUGGCAAGUCAAGCACUACAAGAAGGAUAUACUGACGUACUUUGAAUUAUUUAUAGCAAUUUAAUUAAUAAUUUGUAGUGUAUAUUUACAGUUCAAAUAAACAAUUGAUUUCAGGUGAUUUCAGGAUGCAUUAACAGGAAAGUUGAAAACGGGAUAUUGGCAAUAUUCGAAUGUGUUGUUUAUUGAAUAAUUGGAAUUGUUAUUUAAAUAUAAGAUUUAAAAAUAUGUUUUAAGCAAUGUUAAAGAUUUUAUUUCGUUACGUGAAUUUCUCUACUUCAAAUCAAUUUUUUCGGGGCCAUCGAACGUGGCAAAAGGUCAUAAUGAAGGAUGAACUGAUGCCACCAAGUAGAUUCGAUCCAGUGAUUACAAAAUUAGAUAAUGCAUUAUUUCACUCUUUAUUUACAUCUGAACUUAACACCUUGGCACAAUUGUUUAAAAAACGUAAUUAUGAACUAAGGAUUGCUGGUGGUGCUGUCAGAGAUAUUUUGAUGGGUAUAAAACCAAAAGAUUUAGAUUUUGCAACAGAUGCUACUCCACAAGAAAUGAAAAGUAUGUUCAUAGAAGAAGAUAUUCGGUUGAUUAAUACUAAUGGAGAAAAACAUGGUACAAUUACACCAAGAAUAAAUGAUAAAGAAAGUUUUGAAGUAACUACACUCAGAAUUGACACAGCUACUGAUGGUAGACACGCAAAAGUUGAAUUUACUAAAGAUUGGAAAUUAGAUGCUCUUCGUAGAGAUCUUACAAUAAAUUCCAUGUUUCUUGAUCUCGAAGGAAGAAUAUAUGAUUAUUUCUUUGGCUAUGAUGAUUUGCAGAAUAGAAAAGUGGUUUUUGUUGGAAAUGCAUCAUUGAGAAUUAGAGAAGACUAUCUUAGAAUCUUAAGGUACUUUCGCUUUUAUGGAAGAAUCGCCGAACACCCCGACUCACACGAUGAAAAAACAAUAACAGCGAUCAAAGAAAACAUACAAGGGUUACAAAAUAUAUCUGGAGAAAGAAUCUGGAGUGAAUGGUCGAAGAUUCUUAGUGGAAAUUUUGUGAAAGAGAUAACUUUAAAAAUGUUGGAAUGUGGUAUUGCUAGAUACGUUGGUCUUCCAGAAAAUUUAAAUGUAAAACAUUUUGAAAUUCUCUGUGAAGCAUCUAAGAAAAAUAAUAUUUCUUUCCACCCAGUUUCAUUUCUUGGCGUAAUGUUAAGCAACUCGGAUGAAGUACUACAACUGCAUAACAGAUUAAAGUUUUCUGCAUAUGAUAGAGAUUUAGCGUAUUUUUUAAUUCGAUCUUGGAACGAAAAUCCACCAAUAGAUGCUUUGAAGUUUUAUAAAAAAAUGCUUGUUCAUUGGAAAGGGAGCAUUAAUGUUGCAAAAAAUUAUGUUUGCGAAUUAUUAAAGUGCAAACAGCAGUUUAGUCUUGCUGAAGAGGUGGAAAAAACAGUGAUACCUAGAUUUCCGGUUAGUGGAAACUCAUUGAAAGAACACGUUAAAACGGCAAGGAUGAUGGGUAUUGUUAUCAAAGAAUUGAAAGAUAUUUGGUUAGAUAAAGAUUUCAAAUUGACCGCCGAAGAAUUGCUUCAAGAAGUUCCACGAAUUGUCAGUGAAUUAGAAGAUAAAUAUUGCUAUCAAAAAGGUUGAAAUUUUUACUUAAGGAAAUAAAACUUUUACCAAAAUCGUA